AUGUGCCACUUUCAGGUCUCCUCACACUGCUGGUGGGUUCCAUUUUGUCAUAGGGUGCUGGCAGAUUACGGGCCUCCCAUUGCUGCUGCCAGGCCCGUAAUCUGCCAUGGGCCCCCGUACCGCCUCCUCAUGCUGCUGCCAGGCCCGUAAUCUGCCAUGGGCCCCCGUACCGACUCCUCAUGCUGCUGCCAGGCCCGUAAUCUGUCAUGGGCCCCUGUACCCGCCCUCCUCAUGCUGCUGCCAGGUCCAGAGUGUCUCAUGGGUCCCUGUACGGCCUCCCAUUGCUGCUGUCUCCAUCGCCACACUCUGCCAUGUGCCACUUUCAGGUCUCCUCACACUGCUGGUGGGUUCCAUUUUGUCAUAGGGUGCUGUAUGGCCUCCCAUUGCUGCUGCCUCCACCGCCACACUGUGGCUCCAUUUUGGCCCCGUGACUGCUCAAAUGAGUGAAGUGUGCGGUGAUUCUAAGAUCGACGGCACUCAUCUGCAUGUCAUACUGACUGACAGUAUUAUUUCUCUUCCCCAGCAGACUCCAAGGGCAUUUAAAUUAAAGGUACAGUGUUCUGCACUAAUAUAA